AAUUCUCUAGAUUGAUUCUGAGCUUGCCCAUGCCAUGGUGGAUGUGUAACACAGUGUCAUGUGCAUAACCCCUCCUUUACUACACUGCACUGGCUGGGUUAUCUGCUGUUCUGAAAACGUCACGCGGAUUCUGUUAUAAAGUGCACACAAUAGAGCGUUGAAGCCUUCCUUUCUGUAGCUGCAGUUUGGGAGGGAGAGACAGACAGACAGAACCAGAUAUGUUUUACUCUGGGAUCCUCACAGAGCCAACAAGGAAGGACGUGGACAUGAGGGAAGCAGCAUCUCUCCGACAACAGAGAAGAAUGAAACAAGCGGUUCAGUUUAACCACAAGGACUCUGCUGACCUGCUGCCAUUAGAUGGGCUGAAGAAACUGGGAACUUCAAAAGACACUCAACCACACAACAUCCUGCAGAGACGCUUGAUGGAGACAAACAUGUCAAGGUUGCGGCACAGCCGAGGGUCAUCCUCUCAGAAGAAUGACCUUUCAGUGCAGACAAAUAAACUAAAUCAAAUGAAGCUGGAUAAUCCCAAGAAAACAGAACAAGAAGAUCUCAUUCUGGUAUGCUGCCAGUGUUCUGGGAAGGAGCUGCAGGUAGUGAUUGAUACUGGAUGUCAGAGUAACAUCAUAUCAUCUGCAUGUUUGGAGCGACUAGGGCUAAAGGAACAUGUGCAAUUCUACAAGCCUGAAGAUGAGAAGAUUUUAUUGCCACACAAUAUGAAAGUGAUUGGCCAUAUAGAACAUCUGGCUCUUACAAUAGGGAAUAUCCCUGUGGACUGUUCUGCAGUUGUUACAGAAGACAAUGAGAAACACUUCACUCUGGGGUUACAGACACUGAAAUCUUUGAAGUGUGUGAUAAAUAUGGAGAAGCAUCACCUGGUCCUGGGAAAAUCAGACAGGGAAGAAAUCCCAUUUGUUGGUAAUGUCUCUUCGCAUGAAGAGAAUUAUUUCCUAGGGCACAUCCUCAUGGUAGCCACCUGCGCUCCUGGUUCAGUUCUGUAGCACACAACUGGAAGCCUGGGAAGUGUCCCUGGAAAAGGCAGUACUUCUGAAGCAUGAAGAGAAUGCACCAUUGGUGUCAGAGGGAGAAGACUGAAUGAUUGGUUGCAUAUGAUGGAAGAGCAGUGGGUGACACAUAACUCCUCCUCCUGCUAGACUUCAACUAGAUUAUAGCUGAAUGAAAGGAUGGGCAGCGUUAGGGAAGAGCUUCAGACAUUCGCUUACCACAACAGAGUUCUGGACAAUGGACUUGUAAAUGCAAAUCAUAAAAACUGUGUCCUUUAUAGCCUUUUCAAAUAUGGGAUUAUGUUUCUUUUUUGGUUGCAGUCCUCUGUUUUAGUGUGAAUGGAUCAGUGAAUUUUAUGAAUUGCCAUUUUUGAGAAGGAAAAAAAAGGGACAAUUUUAUAACUUCCUCUUUGGAAUUAACAGUGUUUAGGCUCUGAGAAUCAGAUUGUUAAGAAAGUAUUUUUCAGUAAGGAACAAUUUAUGGAUGCUAAUUGAAGACCGCUAGCUUUAAAGCAAUUGCAGAAAAACUUGCUCAAGUUGAAAUAACUCCAAGUAAACAUCUAUUCCAGCCCUCACA